AUGGAGCUGCAGGAGGAUGCUAAGAAGGCCGGCAUCACAGUCAUGAACGAGAUCGGUCUUGAUCCCAUCCUGAUAUUAACCUACGUCCAGGGAAUUGAUCACUUGUAUGCCGUCAAGACCAUCUCAGAGGUCCAUGAAGCCGGUGGCAAGGUCACAUCCUUCCUGUCCUACUGUGGUGGUCUGCCUGCCCCAGAAUGCUCCGACAACCCACUCGGCUACAAAUUCUCCUGGUCCAGCAGAGGCAUGCUUCUCGCCCUCCGCAAUGACGCAAAGUACUAUGAGGACGGCAAGAUCGUCUCCAUCCCCGGCCCCGAGCUCAUGGGCACCGCAAAGCCAUACUUCAUCUACCCUGGUUUCGCCUUCGUUGCCUACGCCAACCGCGACUCAACCCCUUACAAGGAACGCUACCAGAUGCCCGAAGCCCAGACCAUUGUCCGUGGCACUCUUCGCUUCCAGGGCUUCCCGCAGAUGAUCCGCACCCUGGUUGAUCUAGGUUUCCUCAAGGAGGACGAGAAGGAGUUCAUGAAGACGCCUAUUCCAUGGAAGGAGGCCAUGAAGCAGCUUCUCGGCGCCACUUCGUCGGACGAGAAGGAUCUGCAGUGGGCCAUCUCCUCCAAGACCAAGUUCGCUGAUAACGAGGAGAAGGACCGUAUCAUGGCUGCGCUGCGAUGGAUUGGUGUUUUCUCCGAUGAGAAGAUCACGCCUCGCAAUAACCCGCUUGAUACCCUUUGUGCUACCCUCGAGCAGAAGAUGCAGUACGGUCCCGGCGAGAGGGAUAUGGUCAUGUUGCAGCACCGAUUCGAGAUCGAGAACAAGGAUGGUUCCAAGGAGACCCGUACCAGCACCUUGUGCGACUAUGGUGAUCCAAACGGUUACUCGGCCAUGGCUAAGCUCGUCGGUAUCCCUUGUGCCGUUGCUGUCAGACAGGUUCUUGACGGCACUCUUAGCGAGAAGGGUAUCCUUGCUCCCAUGAACAUGAAGAUCUGCGGGCCCUUGAUCAAGGCUUUGAAGGAGGAGUACGGUAUCGAGAUGAUCGAGAAGACUCUCUAA